UCCGUUUAAAAGUGUUCAUUCAUAUGCGGUGAGCAGAUAAUUCAACAUGAUUUUGUGGUAUUUGUUGUUAGCGCUGGCCUUUUGGACUGUUGCGUUCAAGUAUAAGAGACGUAGGAUGUACAAGUUAGCGGCACUUGUGCCAGGUCCCAAAAAUGAGUAUCCGAUAAUUGGUGUUGCUCAUGAUUUGGUGGGAACUACUGAGGAUAUUUUGCGUACUUUGCAAAGAUAUAGUUACGAAGCGAUGGAACAUAAUGGUACGGUUAGGGGUUGGCUGAAUCACAUUCUUUAUUUUUUGGUAGUACAUCCUACUGACUUGGAAAUGAUAUUGAAAACAUGCUUAGAAAAAGAUGAUCUUCAUAGGUUUAUACAAAAAGUCAUCGGAUAUGGAGGAAUAUUUGCACCAGUUUCAAUCUGGAGACGACGACGAAAAAUAUUACUUCCUACGUUUAGUCCAAAAAUACUCGAAACUUUCGUUGAAGUUUUCUCCGAACAAAGUGAGAAACUUGUAAGUAGAUUAGGAGAACGAGCCCCACAGAGCUCUUUCAGUAUCUGGCCUUUUGUAUCAUCAUACACAUUAGAUUCCGUGUGCGAAACUGCUAUGGGAGUGAAAAUAAAUGCUCAAAGCGAUCCCACUUCCUCACCCUUUCUGGCUUCAUUGACAAGUCUCCUUAAUAUUGUAUGUGCGAGGAUUUUCCACCUGUGGCUGCAGCCAGAUUGGCUGUUUAAACUUUUCCCACAAUUCAAUGAACAUGAGAAAUGUAUAAAAACAUUACAUGACUUUACGGACGAGGUUAUUGAAAAGAAAAGAAUGGAACUCCAGGAGGAUAAAACAAGUCAAACGGAAGUGGACCACCAUUUAGAUUUACAAGAUUAUCAAAGAAAAAGUUUUCUGGAUCUAUUAAUUAAGUUGUCUGGUGGAGAGAAGGGUUAUACAAAUGUGGAGUUGAGAGAAGAAGUUAUGACUCUGACAAUCGCUGGAACAGAUACAUCUGCUGUUGCGAUCGGAUUUACUCUCAUAUUGUUAGGAAAAUAUCCAAAGAUACAGGAUAAAGUUUAUGAAGAGUUGUAUGGAGUGUUUGGAGAUUCCAAACGUCCUUUAGUAAAAGAAGAUUUACUGAAGUUAAAAUAUUUAGAGCGAGUGGUAAAGGAGUCAUUAAGGCUAUUCCCGCCUGUGCCUUUUAUAAUAAGAAAAAUUGAUAAAGAAAUAGAAUUGCCGACAGGUAAGCGUCUUCCAGCUGGAGCUGGGGCAGUUAUAUCAAUUUGGGGUUGUCACAGAAACCCUGAAUUCUGGGGUCCGGAUGCUGAGUGCUUUGACCCAGACAGGUUCCUACCGGAGCGUUUCGACUUAGUAAAACCUGGUAGUUACUUACCUUUUAGUAACGGACCCAGAAAUUGUCUUGGAUACCAGUACGCAUUGAUGUCAAUCAAGACAGCUUUAUGUGCAAUAUUAAGAAAUUACAAAAUACUUGGAGAACCCGAAGCCACUCCUAUACCUCAUAUAAGAGUAAAAUUAGACGUCAUGAUGAAGGCCGUGGAUGGGUAUCAAGUUUGUUUAGAAAAAAGAAAAUCAGCUGCUUAGUGAAAGCCCAAGGUUUUUUUUUUUAUUGAAAAAACAAACUCGUUUGUAUUUUUUAGUAUUUUCUACUCAAAUAUUUAUUUAAAAAAAUGCUUUAAUUUUCGCCUUUCGUUUGUUAAAAGGUAUAAGUUUUCACAAUUCAAUAUCUUGUCAUAAAAAGACAUAUACUUGAAGUUGAAUGGGAGACACAGAAAUAAAUUCUGUUAUUAAAGAAUAGUGAGAAGAUUUUGUUAUUAUUUCUUAUAAGUCUUUAGAGGAAAUAUAAAAAAGCAAACAUGUUUAUUCAUUUUACAUUUAGGUUUUGGUUAGUCGCGUCCUCUAAAAGAAGUUCCCAUUUAAAUGAACGAAUUUCAUAAUAUUACAUUCUAAUAUAUAGAAAUCGUAGACUUUGUCAAUGUUUAUAUAGCAUAUGACGUUUUUAGAAAAAAAACGACUUUGGAUAAUUGCUCGUAGGACAAUUACUAAACAAGUUUUAAGGUCACGUUAAGUACUCCUGGUUAUAAUCUAACGUUGUAAUAAAUACAUUUUAUAAGGAAAUAUGAGAAAACAUAAAUUAUAAUAUAUAUGUAAUAAAUGUUUAUUAAAUAAUGAUAUUUAACGAGUGAUACCAGGAAUAUAAUCUAAUAUAUAUGUUUCAAUUUAAUAUAAGCUUGGCUCAUAAAAAAUUGUCCUUAUAAUUCUGAUUUAAUAUUGCAACAUUGUAUUUAUUCUUUAUUAAAAACCUAAAUAAUUUUGGGUAUAUUAUAAACACGAAAGCUAGAUAGGUUAACUUUUUGAAAGUUAUUGUAUACAAUGGUUCAUAGAAAUAUAAAACAUUGGCAUAUCGAUCUAUUCUCGAGAGAAAUAAUAAAUGUAUUUCAAUGUUGAUAUAAUUCUAAACCAUACUAACAAAAAACUUAGAUAAAUCCCCAAUAUAAUAUAGUAUUGAAAUAUAAA